AUGCCCGCUACAGUUGCGCAGAUUCUCGCGCAUUACGAGUACAAACCGGAGCAAGUAGAGCGGGUAGCCCAACGAACAAUACAACCUCCCAUUACCAUAGUUGGGCCCAACCCAGAAUGGCCGAAACGGUUCGAAGAAGUCAAAGCCCGGAUCCAAAAAGCCCUUGGUCCCUUGGUCCUGGACGUCGCUCAUUCCGGCUCUACCGGUGUCCCUGGCCUACCAGCCAAGGACAUUAUCGAUGUCGAUCUGACAAUCAAAGACGCUACGGAUGAAGAUUCCUACGUGAAGCCUCUAGAAGACGCAGGGUUUCGGUUCACCUUGCGCGAACCGUUAUGGCACCAGCACCGGUUCUUCGUGGAGGAUUGGCCUGGAGCCUACCAUGUCAAUAUGCACGUGUGGGGCCCUGACUCACCCGAAGCUGCCCGUCAUCGUAUCUUUCGUGAUUGGCUACUUAAAACACCGUCGGAUCUGGAACUAUAUGCCAAAGUGAAACGCCAAGCUGCGGAACAAGCCGCUAUAGCUGGAGAUUCGAUGAUGGAUUAUACCUUACGGAAAGAUGAAACGAUUCAUGAGAUCCUAGCACGAGCGUUCCGUGAUUUAGGCUAUAUUGAAUGA